AGCGUGACGGAGCGCUUUACGACAGUUGCUUUGUGGCAGUAACGGAGGAUGAAGAUGGCGGCCACCUUAGUAGCUGCUCGGGGAGCCGGGCUGGCACCAGCCUGGGGGCAUGAGGCCAUUACCCCCGACUGGGAAAACCGGGAAGUCUCCACCGGGACCACUAUCAUGGCCGUGCAAUUCGAUGGGGGCGUGGUUCUAGGAGCCGACUCCAGAACAACCACUGGGUCCUACAUCGCCAAUCGAGUGACUGACAAGCUGACUCCUAUUCACGACCGUAUUUUCUGCUGCCGCUCAGGCUCAGCAGCUGAUACCCAGGCAGUAGCUGAUGCAGUCACAUAUCAGCUUGGUUUCCACAGCAUUGAGCUGAAUGAACCUCCGCUGGUGCACACGGCAGCCAGCCUCUUUAAGGAGAUGUGUUACCGAUACCGGGAAGACUUGAUGGCAGGAAUCAUCGUUGCGGGCUGGGACCCCCAAGAAGGGGGGCAGGUCAGAUACCACCACCCCCAGAGUCCUGGAGCCAUGCCUUUAAUUCUCUCCCCACUCCGGCUAUUUUCUAGUUCUCUUUCCAAUCUCUGCUUCUCUUACUCUUUAAUUCUUCACAUACCAAUCCCACAAUGGACAGGUGAACCCAGACGAGUUACAGGAAGGGUACACAUGGUGACACCACUGUUCUCCCUCCUUCUGGCAGGUGUACUCAGUGCCCAUGGGAGGUAUGAUGGUGAGACAGGCCUUUGCCAUUGGCGGCUCUGGGAGCUCCUAUAUCUACGGCUAUGUGGAUGCUACCUACCGGGAAGGCAUGACCAAGGAAGAGUGUCUGCAGUUCACUGCCAAUGCUCUUGCUUUGGCCAUGGAGCGGGACGGCUCCAGCGGAGGGGUGAUCCGCUUAGCAGCCAUUGCAGAAUCAGGGGUCGAGCGACAGGUACUUUUGGGAGACCAGAUUCCCAAAUUCACCAUUGCCACUUUACCUCCUCCCUGAAUCUUGGGAUUCUAAGCUACAAUAAGAGACACCCCCUACUAAUGCAAAAUUCAAUAAACAGUUUGUCAGUGAGAAUCCGUGUGCUUUGGGGUUCUUUUCUUGACCUCAACCUGAACUUGUCUGGCUCACUCCUCUUUGUACAAACCACCGCCCUGAAGAAGCUGGAGGGGACCCUUCUCCAGGCCACCAUCUCCCACACUAUAUUAUAGCCAAGUUCCUGUGAC